AUGGAGUUUGAAAAGGCGUGGGAGGACAAGAACCCGCGGAAAGCCUACGCUGUACUAAAACAGUAUAGCGGCGAAAUGAAAAGAUGUUCUCCUGUCCUCAACACUACCAAUGGAGUAACUGUCGGUGAAGCAACCCUUCCAAUUUGGAGGGAACACUUCAAGACCUUGCUGAACUGGCAAACGCAGUCAGCCCUUGAACUCAAACACGCUCAUAGACCGACAUGUGUGGUUAACGAGGGGCCACCGACCGAGUCGGAGGUUCUAGUCUGUAUUCAAGAAAUGAAGUAUGAAAAAUCUGGUGGAGACAACGGGAUUAACGCAGAAAUGCUAAAAUAUCUGCUUCCGUCUGGGAUUCGUGAGAUGACAAAGAUCAUCCACUCAAUAUUUACAGACGAAAGGAUAUCUGACUCGUGGAGACACGCUAUCAUAAUUUCCCUCCACAAGAAGUUAUCCGUGACGUCCCCUAGGAACUAUCGAGGAAUCUCUUUGCUGCGUGUUAUGUACAAGGUUUUGAAGCGAAUUAUCCUGGACCGUCUUAUCAAACAUUGCGAAGAAACCACGCGCGACGAGCAAGCUGGUUUAGUCCUGGCCGCUCUACGGUUGGCCAGGUGUUCAUCAUUAGGAAAGUGA